GUUCUUGCCAGUCAACACCAACUCUCCAAAGUAAAAAUGGGACCAUAAAAGGUCCAGGCUAUCCUGAUCGCUACCCAAACAACGCCGCGUCCUGUUGGCGCAUCUACGUUCCCGAGAAUAAUGUGAUUAAACUGAUUAUUCAUCGGCUGGACUUGGAAUCCUGUUCCGGAUGCGCUUGUGAUUCAGUUGAAGUAUUUGAUGGUUACUCAGAAUCUUCGAGAAGCCUUGGGAAAUUCUGUUCUGGAAACCGGAUUCUAACGUCUUCUGGUCGGAAUCUUUUUGUGAAGUUUACUUCAGAUCGUUCGGUUAACGGCGAUGCCUUCACAGCAUCAUAUUACAAGGAAGCGAAAG